AGAUGACCAUCGAGCUCAGUAAAUUGACUCAGUCAUUUUGGGUCAUUGGCGUACUUUGAUGCAACCAGCUUUAGUUCUGUCCGUCUAGUCAAAGCCGAAAUGAAGUGGCUGAUAAUAAGUUUAAUUUCAAUUCACCUUGCAGAAUCUUUGAUGAGGAUUCCUCUAACCCACUUCAAGCCGAUAAGAACCAUCCUGAGAGAACGCAAUAAACUUGACGAUUUUCUAGCGCAUCACAAUUCAUCUACGCUCACCCAAAAAUACAGUCACUGUUACCCUUCCGAAUUCUUAAUGCUCGACGAUGUUGGCAUCACCUCUGUGCACUUGUCAAAUUAUAUGGAUGCCCAAUAUUAUGGAGAGAUUAGUAUUGGAACCCCUCCACAGAGGUUUAUGGUAGUGUUCGACACUGGCUCAUCUAAUCUCUGGGUGCCUUCUAUCUACUGCAUCAGCGAGGCCUGCAAACCACAUCGACGCUUUCGAUCAUUCUACUCAUCGUCGUAUUCUCCCAGGGGAAAUUCUUUUUCUAUACGAUAUGGUACUGGGCAACUUGUUGGGGUGAUGGGCAAAGAUAAAGUAAAAAUCGGAAACAUAGUUGUACAAGGCCAAGAAUUUGGUGAAUCUGUUUAUGAGCCAGGCUCGACAUUUACUCUGGCAAGGUUUGAUGGAAUUUUAGGUUUAGGAUAUCCUGCUUUGUCUGAAGGUGGAGCCUUUCCGGUAUUUGACAGAAUGAUGCACCAGGGUCUGCUGGAAGAGCCUGUGUUUUCUUUCCGACUCAGCAGAGAAAUGGACAGUCAUAGAGGUGGUGAACUGAUACUGGGAGGGAUUGACCAUUCCCGGUACACAGGGGACAUUAACUGGGUCCGAGUUACAGAGAAGAAGUACUGGAAAAUAUCACUACAAAAUAUAAAAUUUCACAACACUGUCGUGUGUCGCAACGGUUGUUCUGCAAUAGUUGACACUGGAACCUCUUUGAUAGCUGGUCCCUACUUGGAAAUAAAAGAAAUGUUUCAUAAUUUUGCUGACUUCCAGGUUGGCAUGGGCGAGUUUUUAGUAGAAUGCAAAAAAACACUGAGUUUGCCAAAUGUGACAUUUACGAUUGAAGGUGUGGAAUACACAUUGGAAGCUGAAGACUAUAUUAAAAAGCUUGAUAGAAGAAACUUAAUGUGCCUGUAUGGAUUCCAAGCCAUGAACGUAUAUACGUCUACUGACUUACAAUGGAUUCUGGGAGAUGUUUUUCUCGCAAAAUUCUACACCAUUUUUGAUCGGGGACAUGAUAGAGUGGGGUUUGCUAAAUCUCGUCAGUACUGAAGACUUGUGGGAACAUAGAAGAUUGAAGAAUAAGAAGUGAACUGUUCUUAUUUAAUAUCUACAAAAUGGUGCUUAAUGUUUCAGUAAUAUUCAGUGUUACAGACAACUGGAAAAUUAACAGCUCUGUUUUACUGAAAUAAAAGUAAUCGAUUCCAGCUCUGACGCCUUCGGCAAUUACAUUCUGUAAUAUUGAUUUCAAUAAAGGAUUUGCAAAUGUUGAGGAUAAAAGUUAAAAUCAUUUUAUUGAGAUGAAGUAUUGAAGCUCUCAGUGUGGGAGUCAUGGGCCAUGCGGUCCUCAGUGACUUGCCAAAGAGUGUUGGGCUUCUCAGUUUCUCGAGCACCUGUAUUUACUAAUUGUUGUCUGAACUAGCAUCCCUAAGCCCUUGUGCUGUUUGUUUAUUCUUGUUGAUUUAAUUGUGUCUGACACAGGUUUCCUAUCUUCUAUGAUUAUUUAAAGGGAACUCUCAUUUAGUGCUUUUGUGGAGUCUUUGUGGAGAAUGAUCUGUCUCACAGUGUCGCUCGAUUGUGCCACCAUGGCUCUGUUGGUAUUCCUAUGUAUAACCUCCUGUUCCUGUUUCUUCAUGAGGAGUCUGCUGUUUCUUGGCACUCUGGUUGAGUUGUUGCCAGUGCUCACUGUGACAAAGCCUGCCGUUCCUCUGUAUCUGGGUUCGGUCCUGCCAGCGACCACCAUAACAGAGUCAUGUUCCUAAGGUUGAAGUUAUGGGACAACAAAGGCAAUAAAACCAGUUUAAAUAAUCACUCAUGACGGAAAAUGUGGCUAGGGUAAUUUCUAUUGUUGAUGUGAUAGAAUCAGGAUUAAUUCCAAACAGUUUAAAUAACCAUUGAUGAUGGAAAAAGCGGGGAAUAUUUUUCCAUUUUUGACAUGAUAGAAUCAGGAUUAAUUCCUAUCAUACUCAGGAAGAUAGGUGACCACUUGUUUUCAAAAGGCUCCCAAUUCUGUUGGGAAAGCAUGAGCUAAACAGUAAAUAUACUGCUUGACAAAUACUAUUAGCAUCAUAUAAGACACUAUAACAAAUUUGUGCUUCUUGCCAUGAGAAGAUUUUUUUUCAGGCGAGAAGAUCUAUUUUGUUGAUCUGGAAGGAAACUAAUCCUCCAACUACAUUCCAAUGGUUUUCUCAAACUAUAUUAAGUUUAAAUUUAGAAAAAAUUAGAAGUGAUAUUUUUGACUCUUUGGUUAAAUUUGAAGAAACUUGGAAACCUUUUAUGCAACAUUUUCAUAUGAUGUAAUCUGACCUUUCUGAAUCUUUUUUUAAAAACUUAAAUUAUAUGAUUACAGGAGCGGAGUUAACGACAUUACUGAACGUGUCUGAUACAAGCUAUUGGUCUAGCCCUGUUUUGCUUUUUUUUGGGUUUUUUUUUUCUCUUUUUCUUUUGGGUUUUUUUUGUUUAUAUAUUUUUUUUCUUCUUAUUUCUUUUUUAAUGACUAAUUUCAUUAUGAGUUUGGAAGUCUUUUAUAUCUAUGU